UAUAUCUUUGAAUGCACUUACUAAAUUAAACUAUGAAUCAAAGAUUAAAUUUGAUUUUAUUUACAUUGAUGGUAGUCAUGUUGCUUCUAAUGUAUUAGCGGAUGCCAUAUUAGCAUGGAAUCUCUUAAAGGAUGGUGGAAUUAUGAUUUUUGAUGAUUAUGAAUGGGAUCGAUAUAAAGAAGAAUAUAAUAAUCCAAAGAUAGCAAUUGAUGCAUUUAUUAAAUGUUAUAAUCCACAAAUAGAAAUAAUUCAUAAAGGUUACCAAAUAACAAUUAAGAAAAUCAUUAGAGAAAGAAAACAAAGUGAAAUAGAUGAUUUUCCAGGACAUAUGAGGCAAAUAAUUAUGAAGUUUUUUGGAAUAAAUGAUUAUAAAAUUUUAUAA